AUGCUCUCCACUCUGAGAGUCGCCGGCCGCUCGGCUGCCCCCCGUGAGGCCAACCUGCGCACUGUGGUCAUCGGCGCGCGACACGCCUCGGCCUGGUCCAACGUUCCCCAGGGUCCUCCGGAUGCGAUCCUCGGUAUCACUGAGGCCUUCAAGGCCGACUCGUUCAAGGAGAAGAUCAACCUGGGCGUGGGCGCCUACCGUGAUGACAAGGGCAAGCCCUACGUUCUGCCCUCGGUCCGGGCCGCCGAGGACAAGGUCGUUGCGUCGCGCUUCGACAAGGAGUACGCCGGCAUCACCGGUGUCCCGGCCUUCACCAACGCGGCCGCCGAGCUGGCCUACGGCUCCGACUCGCCCGCCAUCAAGGACAACCGUCUCGUCAUCACGCAGACCAUCUCCGGUACCGGCGCGCUGAGAAUCGGCGGAGCCUUCCUGCAGCGUUUCUACCCCCACGCCAAGAAGAUCUACCUCCCAACCCCGAGCUGGGCCAACCACAAUGCCGUCUUCAAGGACGCGGGCAUCGAGGUCGAGAAGUACCGCUACUACAACAAGGACACCAUUGGUCUGGACUUUGAGGGUCUGGUCGCCGACAUCAAGGCCGCCCCGGACAACAGCAUUAUCCUGCUGCACGCUUGCGCCCACAACCCCACCGGUGUCGACCCAACCGAGGACCAGUGGCGCCAGAUCAGCGAUGUCAUGAAGCAGAAGGGCCACUUUGCCUUCUUCGACAUGGCCUACCAGGGCUUUGCUAGCGGUAACGCUGACAAGGAUGCGUUCGCUCCUCGCCACUUUGUCAAGGAGGGCCACAACAUUGCUCUGUGCCAGAGUUUUGCCAAGAACAUGGGUCUGUACGGCGAGCGUGUCGGUGCCUUCUCGCUGGUGUGCGAGUCGGCCGAAGAGAAGAAGCGCGUCGAGUCGCAGAUCAAGAUCCUCAUUCGCCCCUUCUACUCGAACCCGCCCAUCCACGGUGCGCGCGUCGCUUCGGCCAUUAUGAACGACCCCGCGCUCAACGAGCAAUGGCUCGGCGAGGUCAAGGGCAUGGCCGACCGCAUUAUCGAGAUGCGCGCCCUGCUGCGCAAGAACCUCGAGCAGCUCGGCAGCAAGCACGACUGGUCCCACAUUACCAGCCAGAUCGGCAUGUUCGCCUACACUGGCCUGAAGCCCGAGCAGAUGGAUUCUCUUGCCAAGGAGCACUCCGUCUACGCCACCAAGGACGGCCGUAUCUCGGUCGCCGGUAUCACCUCCGGCAACGUCCAGCGCCUGGCCGAGUCCAUCUUCAAGGUGACCGGUUAA